AAGAAGAGUUUUCGUAAACCAAAAAGUUGGAAAGUCUUGGAAAAUAUGCCAAAGCGUAAUUUUUGCAAACAUUCAACAUGUCGUGCGCACUGUUCCCUACUAAAAUUAACUUGAAAGUUUAGUUCAAAGUUCCUGUUCUUACAGUCCUCGAAGACUUAGAGAACCGAUGUUGCAGGUCUAUAAGCUAUAGACCAUGAUUCAAGUGAGUCACUAGAAUCACAGUGUCAUCAACUAGGGAACGGAUAAAGGAAAAUAAUGUAACGCAUGCGAAAAGUUUUAAUUAAUGUAAAAUAAUUAAUCGCACGCGUUCCGCUGUCUUAAUGAAUGCAAAGCACUUCAUCAUUAUAUUGCAUCGAUUAACAUUCAUUAAGUAACGGAUUACAUGUAAAGGCAUCAAAAACAUUCGCUUUUCGCACGCGUUCCGCUUUCUUAAUGAAUGCUAAGGCCUUUGUCAUUACGCCGCAUUAUUUCGAACCCAUAAAAAAGUUAGCAUGCCUUCAGAUGUAGUAAAAAAAUUCAUUGCUUACGUGCGUUCCAUUUUUUAAUAUAUGCGAAGACGUUCACAAUUACAGCACGCCUUAACACGCAUUAAGAUGUGGAACGCGUGCAAAGGCAUGACAGAUAUUCACUGCCUGUGUGUGUUCGACAACUUUUUUAAUGUAUGUAAAGGCGUUUGUAAUUACAUUGCACUCCUUUAAACGCAUUAAAAACCUUCAUUUUAACGCCUUCGGAUUUUUUAAUGCGAACUAAUAUCCGCAGGCUGCGAAAACCUUCUUUUGACACAUUCUAAGCCUUCCGAAGGCUUAGUUUUGGCAAUUUUUAGACAAAAUAAGGCGUUCGGAGACAUUUUUGGUAUAAAAUUCAGAUUUAACGCAUUGUAAGGCUUCGGACAACUAUUUCGGACCUGCGACACAGGUUCCAUUUUUGUCCUUUUAAUGCGUUCACACGUAUUAGCGGCGAGAAAUUGUUUACUUUAAUGCAUUCGAAUGCCUUAUUGUGUCGCAUGAAUCUAACUUAUGAGAACUUCUUAAUAGAUUAGAAGGACCUGCGGAGGUCCAAAAUUUCUUCCUGGGAGUUAGAUGAAAUUUUAGAAGAUAUUAGUUAUGAAAAUGACAAGAAACUAAGUCAAUCGAAACUAUCACUUUUACAAGGAGAUAUUCGUUCAUAUAAAGAUGGUUUAAAAGCAACCCUUACAGACUUUAUUGAUCUUCCAGAUCAAGAAAUUGUUCCAACUGAAUUAAAUUUUUUUCAAGGACUUGCUCUCAAUAAGUUUUUAAUUAUUAAAGAAGACAAUUCCUCGUGGGAUUGGAAUGCAUUUGCCGUUGCAAUGAUAAGACUUGCCCAAGUCAUUGCCGGCGCAGUCUUAAUCUCAUUCGGUGCUGUUAAUAUAGGAGGUGCUCUAGUUGCCGAAGGCAUUUCUAAUAUGGUAUAUGCAACCAUGUUGCCACAUAAUCAAGAUAUUGAUUAG